UCACGGCGACGAUGAAAGUGCUGCUCAUUGUCCUCAUCCUCUCAGGCGUGGGACGGGCCUCCCCGGGCAAGGUGUGCGGUUACCAGGACGUCGUGGACCAUCUGAACCUAACCUCAAGGAACAGAGCUUUCCAGUAUACGCGGCCUGUCCUGGACCACACGCGUGCCACCCUGGUGGAGCUCAACAUCCUCCUGUACGCCAUCGUGGGCGUGAUUGAGAAAACACAAACCUUCAUUCCGUUACUCUGGACGAUGAUGUCUUGGACGGAUGAACGCAUUUCCUGGGACCCGGAUGAGUUUUGCGGGAUCACGGAAAUUUCCCUUCCCACUAACAUGCUGUGGAUCCCCGACAUCUUCAUCUUCGAGAUGGUGGAGAAAGACAACUCACAACACAACCCUUACAUGCUCGUCAAGCACACUGGGACGGUCCUGCUGGAUCAGGACAUACGGGCGGUCAGCAUGUGCAUGAUGGACGUGUACAAGUUCCCCUUCGACACGCAGCGGUGCAACAUAUCGCUGGCCUCUGCAAUUUUUAAGUAUGAACAGCUGCGCGUCGUCUCGGUAGUGAACUCGUCGCGGGCUACCGACUCCACCAAAGCCAUGUUGCAUUCCCAGGGAGAGUGGGAGUUUCUCCAUUUGUCCGUGAGCAACAACAAUAUCAGCUUCAACGACCAAGUGUGGGAGAGGCUGGUGUACACGUUUGUCAUCAAGAGGCGACCCCUGCUGCAUGUCAUCAAUUUCCUGUUGCCCAUCCUCUUCUUCCUUUGCCUGGACCUGGCCUCCUACUUCAUCCCGGACCAGCAUGGGGAAAAAUUGGGCUUGAAGGUGACCGUGCUGCUCGCCAUCUCCGUGCUGCUGCUCAUCCUCAAUGACAUCCUGCCUUCCGUGUCGAACAAGACGCCGCUUAUAGCCAUCUACUGCAUCGUCAUCUUCGCCCUGAUGCUACUCAGCCUGCUCGAGACCAUCAUGGUGACCUACCUGACUGAGGGGCCCUUGUUGGAGAAGCUGGCGAGGUGCGUCAGGAGCAAACGGAAGAAAGAUCCGACCGACAAGGCCGACACGGAAGACAUACGACAGACCGGAUCUGUGUGUCCGUCUGUGUCGAGCGGAGAGAAACCACACGAGCUGCUGCCUGUACCACAGGAGAUCAACAGCGGCACGCUGGGCGCUGAGUCUCGGCUGUUGCUGCUCGUCGUGGACGAGCUGAAGGAGCUGCAGCGGACGCUGAGCGUGCACCUGAGCUGCAAGAAAGACGGCGGGAAGUUUGCGCACUUGGCCAGCAAAAUCAACAAAGUCUUCUUCUUCUUCUACCUCACCGCUGUCACCCUCUUUCUUUCACUCCUGUACCUGGACUGGAAAAGUUAGAUGUCUCCAUUAACUGAACUUUUUAAAAUACGCAUUAACUCAUUGAUUCUCAACCACUGUGCUGCAGGAAAUUCCCUGCACUUCACAAGCAUUUCAUUUUCGAGAACUGUUUUGUCUAUGUAUCUAUCUUCAACUAGAUGGCAGAAGGUACAAUCAACAUGUGUAUCCACUUUUUGCCAUGCAUGCAGCAGAAUAAUACAUUUGCAUUCAACUAAACAAGCUGAGGUGGAAAAGUGGACGACUGGUUAGCACGCUCGCCUCACAGGUCAGAGGUUGUGAAUUUAAAUCUGGGCCUCGGCCUUCCUUUGUGAAGUUGGCACUUUCUCCCCGUGCCUGCUUGGGUUUUUUCCGGUCCUCUGGUUGCCUCCCACUGGCUGGUGGACCAGUUCAGGGUGUAGCCCGCCUCUCGCCCGAAGUCAGCUGGGAUAGGCUCCAGCACGCCCGCAAACCCUAGUGAGGAUAAGCAGUACUGAAAAUGGAUU